AUGUCCGCGUGCGCGAUUGAAUAUGCAGCGCAUUCGAUGCCCGCACUUCCCGGGGUGCUAGCCGUUGCCAAUUCGGGCGUGCGGGCUGCAGGUCGCGAGGCCUCGCGUAGCGUGUGCGUUGGCGAGUCUGGCGAUGGGCCCGCUAUCGCGGCGCCGGGGGCUGAGGAUGAACCCUGCCCAUGGGAGAUUGGGAAUGGGGGAAAGCGGCUGCGCUAUGCGCGUAGUGGGCAAGUGGGCAAGAUCAGGGUGCAAAAGCGUGCGGGUGCGCCGAGCCACAGGCUCUCCGGGUUCGGGUGGUCUGGUGUUGGCGGGGGGCGUGAUCGAGAUCCGGCCUGGGGGGAGGGUCGGAUCCGAAUUGCGGUGAAUGAGAGGGAGGUUGUGGAGCGAUGUGCAGAGGGCAAACUUGUGAAGAGAGAGAAGGGAGAGAUGGAAUGCAUGGAAAGAAGGAGGGAGGAGAAGGAGAAGGAGGAGUGCGCAGACGGCUCAUACUGGCAGGCGCGUGACCCGCGCGCGAUGCAUUAUGGACCCGGCGGCUGCGCUCGGAUCCAGCACGAGAAGACGAAGGAGAUCCCAGGAGCCGGCGCGCGCGCGCAACUGCGACGUAUGCAAUAUGGUCAUAGGGGAGGGUUCUCCGGGGAACAGCGAAUGCUGGGACACAUACAUCAUAGGCUCAGAACCAUCUCAAGAGCCGUUGCGACUGCGCGAAGAUCCGGGGUCAGGUGGGGGUCAAGUGACGCUGUGCCAUGA